GGAUUGCAGUGAAGUCCUUGGGUUGUAUCAGCAUGCCUUUUGCUUAGACUUGUUGAGGUUUGUUUUUAGCUUUUUCUCAUUUUUCCUUUUAAACAAUUUUUAUGCAACUGGCUUGAGCUUAUGUUUGUGUGUUCCCCCCACUAAAAAGCCAAUACUGCAGUAGGAUGUAGCCAGUUUGAGCUGAAGUGGACAGUGCUACAGGCAGCUGGGAAGUGGGGGUUCAUACAAAGCUGAACUGUUCUGAUGGGUUGCUGGUUUGACUUUGAAUUUACAGCACUGCAAAUGUUGUAAUUUUUUUAAACCUUAAGUCAAAAUUUUGUUCUGAAAUGAGCACCUAGUUGUGUUUCUGUUCUAGCACUUAGUUUCUCCUCGUCAGAACAGCUGAAGAACUUGAUGUUGGCUGCCCCCAAGCUCCAGCACUGUUGUCUAGCUGGCAGCAGAGCUCUUGGCAGGGUUCAUGGCUCCUUUUUGUUCUUAUUGUGCUUCAGAUAAAAAUGCCCUACCGAAAGACUGUAGAAGUCAUCAAUGCAGCUGCUGUAGCUUUCACCAGAGCACGAUGCUUUGCAAUAAAUACGUUAACCAGCUGUAGAAUCUCACAUUGGUUGUGUAAAAAUCUUACCUGACUAAAGGUAGGCUAAGAUCUUGAAGGUACGUCAGGCUCAAGCUUGUAAGCUGGAAUGGAAUUGGAAAGGAAGGCUGGCUUGCUGUAGAUGGGAGUGAGGAUUGUUGCAAUUUAUACAAAUCAUUAACUUGUCUACCAUGUCUUUUUCUCUAGAGUUUUGAGUACUAAGUUUUACAACAUGGAAAAGCAGACCUGAGGAUUUAUUUUUUUUAUUUUUUUUUAUUUUUUUUUUUUGGAAUUUACUCAGACUGCUUGUUUUGUGUCUUGAGAUGGGGUUUUCUACAGAAGAGUUGGCAAUUGCAUUUCGUGUGAUGUUGGAACUUCUUAGCUUUGCUAAGGAAAAAUAUGAGGAAAAAGAAGCUUGACAAAUACAAGUCAGCUCUUCUGAUGAGUGAACUGGGGAGAGACAAUCGUAUUGUUGUAAGGGCAUUCUGCACUACUGAAAGAAGUUACUCCUGUUUGUGGAGUGACUUAUGAUGUCAAGAACUGUAUCGUCCUGGAUUCUGAGCUCAGCAAGGAGCAGCAUUGUCCUACAAGGCAAGGGACGUUUGUACUCCAGAUGCAUCACAGCUAGAAACGAGACAAAAUGGAAGCUUGUUUUCUGUGGAACACGCCAAUUCCCUACUGGAAGCUGGAGCUUAGAUAAUGCUCUCUUCUUGAGAAAAGCUUUCAGACACACUUCCACCGAAGAAGAACAAUUCUCCUUUCAGUUGUCUCCAUCACAAAUUAAUGAGGUACUCAGGGCAGGGGAAUUAUCCCACAAAAUACUGGGCUUGCAUGGUAAAAAUGCGAGCUCUGUGCUGAAGUUUGAAAGUAACCAGCUGGCGUCGAACACGCCAAUUGAAGACCGCAGAAGCGCAGCCACCUGCUUGCAGAGCAGGGGGAUGAUGUUCGGGGUGUUUGACGGUCACGCGGGCUCCGCGUGCGCGCAGGCCGUGAGCGAGAGGCUGCUCCACUACAUCGCCGUCUCUCUCCUCUCUCGGCAAACCUUGGAGGAGAUGGAGCUUGCUGUGGAGAGCAUGAAACCCAUUCUGCCUGUGCUGCAGCUACACAAGCACCCAAAUGAUGUCGAGUAUCGUGAAAUAACUUCACAAUAUUUUGAGAGCCUCCGGGUUUACUGGCAACAUUUGCUGGACCUAGACACUGAGCCAGGGUUUAGUUUAGAAGAAGCCAUGAUAUGUGCCUUCAAAAGGCUGGACUCAGACAUAUCGCUAGAAGUUCAGGCUCCCCAGGAAAGUGAAUUGAUGAGAAAUAUUGCCCUUCAAGUGGCUUUCUCUGGUGCCACAGCCUGUGUGGCUCACAUAGAUGGAGUUCACUUACAUGUUGCGAAUGCUGGUGAUUGCAGAGCAAUUUUAGGAGUAUGUGAAGAAGAUGGAACGUGGUCUACUCUUCCUUUAACUCGAGACCACAAUGCCUAUGAUGAAUCUGAAAUUAAAAGAUUGAAGAGAGAACAUCCAAAGUCUGAGGAGAAAACUCUACUUGUGAAUGACAGAUUACUGGGGAUUCUCAUGCCCUCCAGAGCUUUUGGAGAUGUCCAAUUAAAAUGGAGUAAAGAAUUGCAACAGAGUGUUCUGGAGAAUAGCUGUGAUGCUGAGGCUCUGAAUAUUUAUCAGUAUGUUCCUCCAAACUACCACACACCCCCUUAUUUAACUGCAGAGCCUGAAGUCACAUAUCACAAAUUAAGAGGCAAGGAUAAGUUUCUGGUUAUUGCUUCAGAUGGACUAUGGGAGAUGCUAAGCAAUGAGAUGGUCGUAAAGCUUGUUGCUGGACACCUUGCAGAGUUUAACAUGCAGAAACCGCAGCUAGCUUUUGAGAAACCGAUUAAUUUGGGUUAUAUGCACAACUUGCUGCUUCAGAGGAAAAGCAGAGGCACUGGCUCGCUUGACCAGAACAUAGCUACUCACUUAAUACGCCAUGCAAUUGGAAGUAAUGAGUACGGAGAGGUGGACCAAGAGAAGCUUGCUGCAAUGCUGGCGCUGCCUGAAGACCUUGCAAGAAUGUACAGAGAUGAUAUCACAGUAACUGUGGUGUAUUUUAAUUCAGACACAAUUGAAAAUUAUUACAAAAACAGUGAAUAGAGACUUGCACUACUGCAGUUCUAUAACACUGGCUAAAUUUGAUGCUGGAUAUCAUUGCUGUUUGUUUUCCCUGAUCUUUCCCGGGUCAGUCAGUCAGGCUGGUGCCAGUGUCAUUGUUCAGAAGUUACAGACCAGUCUUGAUAACAGAUUUCUAGAAGUCACUUUGGUGAAAGUUCCAUGGGUUUCCAGGUCUGUUCAUACUGAGGAGAAAAUGUUUUGAUAAAAGUUCACUGAAAUACAAUUGAAAUAAAGAUUACCAACCCAGUACUCAUUCCAUGGGAGUGACUAGUAAAACUUUCCAAGAGAACAAAUGGGAGACAAAUUUCGCUGGAACUGGUACAAUUUGGCAGGGAGAUGGAUAGUAGCUGCCGCUGCCUCAAGUACAAGAAACGCUUUGCUCUUGUGCAAAAUGAGUAGCCUGCUAUUGAAACACUGUAACUGAAAUUGAAAAAUAAAUAAUUUCCCAAACUACUAUUUGACAGUGUCAGAUACUUCAAAAAAUUGCUUUGGGUAUGUGAAGCUUAACUAAAGAAGGCUCUUGAGACAGCCUUGGGACUUGUCAAACGCUUUCUCCUAGUGUCAUAUUCUACAGCUGCUGUAGAAACAAAAGCAUAUUUUGAGGAACUCUUUUUGAAAGUAUGAAUGCACGUUCUCUUAAUUGUGUGUGUGUUUGGACAUGUAUGACAAUUUAUAGGUCAAAGGAACUUGACGACCUUCACAGUUCCUUCUUUAGAAGUAUCUGUUCCUAAUAUAGUAAAUACCUAAUGCCAUCAAUCAAGAAUAGUUGACUUCGAGCAUCUAACUUGUUUAAAGAACAUAGGCUUUAAGUACUGGCUUGUGAACUGUUGCACAUCAAAUCUGUCAACUUUCACUUUAAAAAUGCUUUACAUACCCAGGACUGCAUUAAGUGUAAAUGCAGUAAUACAUAGGGCACCUUUGUCCCUGGCUUUCACUUUCAAGGGAUAAUUGGUAGAGCUGGUAUUUCACCAAAAUGCUUCAUCCUUUUUGCCUUUACUCUUUGCUUUUGGACAUGAGCUUGCCUCUAUAGGUUUGGAUAGUUAUUUUCUGCAGUUCUAAUCCCAGAAAAUGUACUUGUUGGUAUUUUAAGUGUUGUUUUGUUUUGUACUUGGCUUUCUAGAGUGCCUAUCAAGAGCUUGGAGAUGAGCUGUUUUCUGAAGUUUCUCGUGCAGUGUUGCCGUGUUCUCCAGUGACUCUUUUCCUUGUUUGUGCACAGCAGUAAUUGUUGCCCAUAAGAGUGUGUGUACUGGGAAUAGAGGCCUGUUUACAGCUGUUGCUACCAAGUAAGCACCUGUGUGGGUGAAGCAAAGCUGCUAUAUGUAAGAUGACUUUGCUCUGAAUUCCACUUUUUUUUAAUGCAUUCUGUCAUUCAGCUAAUGGAAAAAGUACUUCAAUUUCCAUUAUAAUAUUUUUUAAGAAUUUGAGAUCUUAGGCCUAAGGGCCUGAACCAGUAGUACUUCUGGGCUUGGGGCUUUUUGUAUACUUCCCCCUGAUAAAGCUCUUGGUGCUUUUUCAAGCAUUUAAAUAAUCAUGCAUUUGACUACGCAGAAUAUUUCUUUAAUUCAGUGUUAAACCUAUGAUCACCCCAUGCAUCGUUACGUACUUUGUCCUUUUCCAUUUCUCCCAUUGCAACAUCUGUAAAUUCAAAAGUAACUUUGAGCAAUGGAAAAGCCUUUGCAUGAGAAAGCGUUCUACUCCAUAAGACAGCUCUACUAGGUGCUCCGUACAGUGCUGGUAGGUUGCUCUGCUGCAGCCUGCUCCAGUGUGUGCUAAGGGCAGGUAGCACUGUGCUUUCAGGCUGGAUCCAUACCCACGGAUAACAGCCAAAUGGAGGAGCCCAGUAGUGAAGCCUCUGUUGUCUUUGGAAAGAGUCACUAUUGCUCUAAGUUAUGCCUACAUACACUGUUAUAUUUACACUGUUAUUGUAACUGCAAAUUGAUAAUGAUUGUUUAAAGGAAUGUAUUUGACAGUAAGAAGUGUACUGCUAAUUCCCAGUUUUGCUCAGUUUAACAUGCAGCACCAUAAUUAGCCUACUGUGGAAAGAGAUAACAUUAAACUAAUUACUGUGUUUUAAAAAAGAACACAAAUCACGGAUUUAGCUCCCUGACAUUUCGUUGCAGGCCGGCAGUGAUCUGUCCUUACUUAUGGUUAUAAUGAUUCUGUCCGGUUGAAUCGGAUCAUAAGACUUUCUCAUCUGUAAUGGCAAAAACAGCCGGUGGGCAUUACCAGCCUAGCAAGCUUAGAGUGCUGUGACUUGAAGCUGCAAGAACAACAUUUAAAU